GCUGCAGAUGGCUCAGAUUUUAGCAGCACUCUAAGUUUACGUGUACCAUACCUACUCUGUUUGCUGCUGUUGACGAGCCGGCUGAUCACGGUGGUAAAUCGAAUAGUGGAACAAAAAAUAUAGGCGGUUCUCAAAGUCAAGUUUCUUGGGCUGUUGCAGGCGUGUUAGAAUGUUAUUGGCAGUCACAAUAAGCGUGCUCGCAUCUGUGCUCAUUACACUAGUUAAAGGAAGAGAGCACGACUAUGUGACAUGUACGUCGAUGAUGAAGUUAGAAAACCAGAACUAUAUGGUGAGAUUGCAUUCACACGACGUGAAGUACGGCACUGGCAGUGGCCAGCAGUCAGUGACAGCCACACAAGAAAAAGAUGACCAUAACUCGUACUGGGUCGUAAAAGGCACCAAAGCAAAACCAUGCGGCCGCGGGGAUCCCAUUGAAUGUAAUCAACUCGUUCGUAUGGAGCACCUCGCCACAAAAAAAAAUCUUCACUCUCAUCAUUUCACUUCACCACUUUCGGGUAAUCAAGAAAUAUCGGCGUUCGGUAAGAACGGAGAGGGAGAUUCGGGUGACCACUGGAAGGUAAUCUGCUCGAACACGUUCUGGGAAAGAGAUCAAGCCGUACGCCUUAAACACGUCGAUACCGAAACGUGGUUGUCUCUAUCUGGACAGUCGUUUGGUCGUCCGAUUUCCGGUCAGAUGGAAGUCAUUGGCGCAACUUAUGCUGACUCGUCUUCGUACUGGAAAGCUCAGGAAGGAGUUUUCGUGAGACUAGCUGACAUCGGUAUGGGCAGUUUUGUUCGAGACGAUUUGGGACGAAAGAUCGAACACAACGAACUCUAGAUCCAGUAAAAUCACUAAUUGCUCACGCUGAUGACAAACUCCACAAAUUAAUCCUUUGGAAGAAAUCAAGUUUGAUAAUUGUUUUCACCCAGAUACACAUGUUGGCCUGCUGUAACUGUUCAGUAUAAUAGAAUUACGUUACUAUAACAGAGUGCA